AUGCAGUCCGGCGCCUUACGUCAGGCUUGGUUGCCUGCCUCCCGUGCCAAAUGCAAGUGUUUCUAUCGGUCUGAUGGAUCUUCUUGUGAGAGGUGCCAUCGUCUUGGGAAGACUUGUGAACCAACCUUAACUGCUCGCAAACGAAAAGCUCGUACGCCAUCUCCUUCACAAUCACAUGUGCAGCCUCCACCUCCAACUGGUAAUACUCGACUUGAGGAGAAAUUAGAUGAGCUUGUAAGUCUAUUACGCUCUCAAGCAGCUGAGAAACAAGCCCAGCAGCAUACGCCAGAAUCUUUACCUGGAGGGGCACUCGCUGGUUAUACUGAUUCCAUGUCUCCAACACCUGUAUCUAUACCUGUACGUGAGCAUCCGGAUAUCGCCAUAGACACCACUGCUACUAUCGUACAUCUUUUACGUCCCUCUACUCCUGCAUCACCAUCCCCUAUAUUCGAUGAUGUGUCCGUCCAUAAAAUACCAGACACAACCGCAGAAGAACUAUUAGACAGCUUUCGCAAUGCCUUCAUUCCCAUGUGUCCUGUUGUUCAUAUCCCUAUCUCAACGAGCUCCGCUGAGCUGCGCCGUGAGAGGCCUUUCCUAUGGCUUGUCAUCAUGGCCUUGACCUCCAAGAUGAUCUCGCAGCAGUUUGCAAUGGCGGAUACAAUAUGGCGUAUUAUAUCACAUAGAGUAGUUUUGCAACAUAUUGUUGAUCUAGUCUACUCCUCGGCAUCGUCUGUUUCGCUACUUGGUCUGUCUCACCACCUCAAGGAGGAUAAGCCAUUUAUGUGUAUGCUUUCUCAGUUAGCCGUAUCGCUUGCCCUCGAACUGAAUAUACAUCAUGAUACGCCAACGCGGCCGCUGCGGCGUAAUCGAUUCCCAACUCAACGCCCUGUAGAUCAGCGCCCUCGAACUAUGGAAGAGCGUCGGACCAUGGUAGCUGUUUACCAUCUCACAUCUUCUACAUGGUUAACAUACAGGCAAACAGAGCCUAUUCGUUGGACAUCGUACUUAGAUGACUGCCUCCGUAUCCUCGAAGAGGAAAAGGAGUGGCACGGCUUCACCGCCGAUCUCUUUACCCAGUUUACGCAGUAUCUGGUAGUACUGUUCAGGCUCCAAACCCUUGACGAACCCGGCUGGGAUCAGGAUGAAGUGAGGCGGAGGGCCGACGUCUUCGGUAUUAUAGACCAGGCCUGCAUAGAUGUCGAUCGCGUCCCCGUGUCGCUGGGCAUGGUGGACGCCGAGGGUCCGCGGAGCGGAUUCUUCUUCAAAAUGUCCCGCCUGCUCCGGGAAGUAAGAGCGCUUUUCCUGGCAGAGAUGCCGCAUAAUACGCAGCUAAAUCCUGCUUUCCCCGCCGCAGAUAACAUGGCCACGGGGGAUGGUAUCAAUACCGCCGCUGGGUAUGGGGACGACAUGUGUCUCGCGGAUGAAAUUUAUUUGAAUACGGUACAAGAGGAUAUUUUGGCGCAUAUAUGGGAUUUCAGGCCGGACAGUUCUUAUAUGCCUUUUGCUUCAUAG